UUCCCGUUCUUAUACUCUCAACAUCAGCUCUUCUUUCUCCGAAGCCAUGAACUCACUGCUACUAAAUUCUUUCCCAGUUCAAGCACAGUAUAAAAUGAAGAAAACUGUGGAUUCUAAUGGAAAUUGCAGGGUUGACACUUGUAAGAAUGGCAUUGGCAUUCUUGAGUUUCUUCCGGGGAAGAACUAUUUCGUUACUGGUGCCACUGGUUUCCUAGGCAAAGCACUAAUUGAGAAGCUACUACGAGCAGCACCCGACGUUUGUAAGAUCUAUCUCUUAAUCAAGGCAGAAAACAAAGAAGCUGCAUUAGAAAGAAUAAAAACUGAAAUAAUAGAUUCAAAUCUAUUCGACAUUUUGAGAGAUAUGCAUGGGGAAUCUUACACAGAUUUAAUGUUAAGUAAGCUGGUUCCCGUUCCUGGAAAUAUUGGUGAAUCAAAUCUUGGUAUGAAUACUGAUUUAAUAAUCGAAAUAGCACAAGAGCUAGAUGUAAUUAUAAAUUCAGCAGCCAAUACAACAUUUGAUGAGAGAUUUGAUGUAGCUGUAAACAUAAACACAAGAGGACCAUCUCGAAUACUCAAUUUUGCAAAGCGGUGCAAGAAACUUUGUUGUUUCAUACAUGUAUCAACUGCAUAUGUUAAUAUAGAAAACGUCGGAGAGACUCUCACCUCCAAAAGCUCACCAUUAUUACACCCUCCUGUCAAUGUCGAUGCUGAAGUGAAGUUAGCUUUUGAUUCAAGUCUUUCUUUUCAUGGAGGUGCAGAAAUAGUUCGGAAAAUGAAAGAAAUGGGUUUAGAAAGGGCAAGAAGUUAUGGGUGGAAAAACUUUUAUGAAUUCACCAAGGCAAUGGGAGAAAUAGUAAUUUAUAAGAAUAGAGGAGAAAUCCCAGUUGCUAUUAUUCGUCCAAGCGUAAUUGAAAGCAGUUUUAAAGAGCCUUCUCCUGGAUGGAUACAAGGGAUCAGAAUGGUUGACCCAUUCAUUUUUGCUUACGGCAAAGGCUACCUCCCCGCCUUCUUAAACCCUGAGACUGUUGUAGAUAUAAUUCCAGUUGAUAUGGUUGUGAAUGCAAUUAUUUCUGCAAUGGCAAAGCAUGGAAUUACCAGGAAACCAGAGCUUAACGUCUACCACGUUACAUCUUCUAGGGUAAAUCCAGUGACGAUGACAUUCCUAUUUGAUGUGUGCUAUGAACAUUUCAAGUCCUCUCCAAUCAAAGACUUGAAGGGUAAAGAAGUUGAGGUUAAAAGAGUCAAAUUUCUUAGCUCAUUGGAAGACAUCUUCUCACAUAUAUCAGGAGCUAUUAUUCCAAAAAAUGGGGUUGUUUCUCAAGAACUCGAAAGAAAAUUUUGCGAGAAGAAAAUAAAGCAAACGAAAUAUAUGAUACAGAUGUAUGAGCCAUAUUUAUCUUCACGGUGGUUUGAAAGCAGCGAUACCUACAAAUUGUGGGAAGCUAUGUCUUUAGAAGAGAAGUUGAGUUUUGGAUUCGACGUGAAGAGCUUGGAUUGGAAGGACUAUUUUUCCAAUAUUCAUAUUCCAGGUCUGAGGAAAUAUGCAAUGGAAAGUAAAUUGAGGCCAAAAUUAUAAUAUUUAUAUUAAAAUGGGUCGAAGACAGCUUGUGCAACGUGGAAACUAAAUAAUUUAUGCCAAAGUUAUUGUAAAAAGUCUUGUAUUUUAUAUAAAGUCAGUUCAAUAUUCUCGUAGAAGCUAUUUUCAACUCUUAAUUGCUUGACUCUCAAGGGUAUUCUAUAAUUUUCAACCUUUUCUAUCGAA